GCUGUUCUGAGGAUUUAGGGGGAGGAGGGGACACUCCAAGAUGUUUAUCAAAUUAGCUGACGUCACUAAAUCUUUCACAGCCACUUCCUGGUGCUGUUUGUUGUGGAAAUACCGUGGAACUGAAACAGCCAACUGUACAGAUCAGGAACAAGGAAGAAACAUCGCUACUAGCUAGAAUAAAUCUUUGAAGCGUGUGGUGUCAGCGGUAGGUAACAGGCUGAAAGGUUGAACUAGUUACGGACCUCUUCGUUGCUUCGGAACGCAAGCUUGGUCUGGAACAGCAAAGCCGGUGGCGCGAGCUGUCGCGAUGUUGUGAACGAUGGACAGCAGAAUAAACGAGUUUCCCGAGAGGACGUUUGAUUUGGUACUACAGGUUGCAUGCCCAACAUCUGAAAAUGAAGAUCCUACCGUGCGGUGGAGCUUCCCCCAGGACUACACAGACCAGGAGGUUCUCCAGACGGUGCCCAAGUUCUGCUUCCCCUUCGAUGUGGAGAGGGUUUCCCAGAGUCCGGUGGGCCAGAACUUUGCCUUUGUGCUGACGGACAUCGAGAGCAAGCAGAGGUUUGGCUUCUGCAGACUCACGUCCGGCUGCCGUGUCUGCAUCUGUCUGCUCAGUUAUCUGCCCUGGUUUGAGAUCUAUUACAAGCUCCUGAACACGCUAGCAGAUUACCUAACCACAAACCAGGAGAAUGAGCUGAAUGACAUGCUGAACUCUCUGUACAGUCUGCCGGUGCCAAAGCCCUUCACCCCCGUCAAUCUGAGUGUGACCACACUGUUGCAUAUAGCCACUGGGCAAGUACUGAAAGAUGCACCAAGCCAGCAGCCGCACUCCUACUUCAUAACACCAGAUAUCAACGGCCUGCCCACCAUCCCCGAGAGUAGGAACCUGACAGAGUAUUUUGUGGCUGUGGACGUCAACAACAUGCUACAGCUGUACGCCAGCAUGCUGCACGAACGCCGCAUUAUCAUUACCUCAAGCAAGCUUAGCACUUUAACAGCGUGUGUCCACGGUUCAGCUGCCAUGUUGUACCCCAUGUACUGGCAACACAUCUACAUCCCUGUACUGCCUCCACAUCUCCUGGACUACUGCUGUGCCCCCAUGCCAUACCUGGUAGGAGUUCAUCUCAGCCUGCUCGAGAGAGUGCGUAGCAGGUCGUUGGAGGAUGUAGUGAUACUAAACGUUGACACCAACACACUAGAGAGUCCCCAGAAUGACCUGCAGAACCUGCCCAGUGACGUGCUCCACUCUCUGAAGAGUAAGCUGAAGAAGCAGUCGACAGCAACAGGAAGUGGAGUAGCGAGGUCCUUCCUCCGAGCUCAGGCUGCUUUGUUUGGAUCCUACAGAGACGCCCUCCGAUACAAACCUGGGGAACCAAUCACAUUCUGCGAGGAGAGUUUUGUGGCUCACCGCUCCAGCACCAUGAAACACUUCCUGGAGAUGGCUGUCAACCUGCAGCUCUUCAAACAGUUUAUUGACGGCCGUCUGGCCAAGCUGAACGCGGGAAGAGGCUUCACUGACCUGUUCGAGGAGGAGAUCACUGAGGGAGGUUUCUGUGGAAGUAAUUCCAAGUCUUAUCAACAGUGGGUGCACACCGUCAAGAGAGGCGGAGCGCUGAUCAACACUGCGGUGACCAAGAGAGGCGGAGCGCUGAUCAACACUGCGGUGACCAAGGCCAAGAGUCAUGCCAAGAGGGGAAUUCGCAGGCUUAAACAAAGGGAAGAGGAGGAGGGUAGGCCGAUCUGUUCAGGGUCUCCCACCAGCACCAAGAGUCUUUCGCCACGGCGAAUGGAGAAGAAGAGACAGCAUUAUGACACCAAGUGUCCCAUGGGAUGUCCUGACUUUGCCAUCGAUGGCGAUGAAGAGGACACUGCCAACAAGAUCUCGUCUGAGGACAGUGGGGAGGUGGCGUCUUACACAGAGGACAGCGACGAAUCCUAUUCGUUGGAGCUGGAUACAGACUCCUCCCACACGGGCCAGAUGAACCUAUUGGAGGAGAUCCUGGACUCUCUGAGCACCACCAGCACAGAGCACGGCAAACUCAGCGCCGCCAAGAGCCUGGACUUCAGUUCAAUGGACAACAUCAACUACAAGGCAACGAACACCUCCAACCCCGUCAGUGAGAGCAACCUGCCCCAGGUGUGUACUAGUGGCAGUGGGGUGGUGGGGAGAGGAGGUGUUGGAGGAGGAGAACAGGGAGGGGGCUGGCAGGAUGAUGGUGCCCUCCACGGGAAGCACCUGCCCCCCUCCCCACGUAGACAACCCAGCAAGAGCAGCCUCAAGAGGCAGAAACAUAUCCUCUCAACAUCCUCUCCACCUGUCCUAGCUCCAGCCUCAGAGCAGGACAACCAGGUCCCCAAUCUCCAGCCCAAGACCCAGGCCCCUCAGACCAAGGCCCAGCAUAAAAUCCAACCUAAUCCCCAGGCCCUUUAUGACACACCCGCUAUCUGUCUCUCUCAGCUCUGUCCAGAGGACACACCUCCAUCACCAUCCCUGGGAGACCACCACAUCUCAUCCAACCGGUCUCCAGCACCAACUCGUGCCUCCACAUGCAAUCCUCCACUGGCAACACACACACCACCGCUAACCCACACUAGAGAGUCCCCAAACCCCCAGUUGCUCAGCCCUGAGUCCAAACCCCAGACCACCUCCAGCAUCCUGCGGAGGAAGGUGCUGUCCAAGGAAACGAUGAGGCAGUACCAGGACAAGAGUCUCCAGAGGCAGGGCAGUAAGAGUCUGGGGGUGAAGGCCAGGCAGCCUUCAGUGCUGGUGCCCUGGGAGAGAGAGAGCUCAGAGGAGAUGGGUCAGGGGGAGGAGCUGGGGCAAGAACAGGGCAGGGUCUCAGGGGCAGAGGAGAAAGGACUUCUGGAGGAGAUAGAUUCCAUGUGUCAUCUCGGCUCAGACUAUCAGACCAGCCUACAACUGUCCCAGGUCCACUGCAAAAACAACAACACACAUGCUAAUACCCAUUACAACAGCCACAGCAAAGCCACAGACAAGUCUUGAGACAGAAGCAGGGCCAGGGACAAGGGUCAGGGGUGGUUGAGGUAGAAGUUGCCUCUAACCACAGAUCUACAAUCAGACUGCCCUCCUCAAAUCCUAGCCACUGAGGGAAGAAAUGCAAAAACAGACCUUGGACCGCAGGAAGUCGCCGUGACACUGCCAGGCAACUGGAAAUUAUGCGUGUGUUCGCCCUGAUACGACUCUUUGACUUACCCUUGUUUUUUUCCCCUCUUCCUGCCAAGUUUAGGGGUCUGAGUUGAAGACCGGUCAUCUUGGUUCUCUUUCUAACCUGCUACAGAAUUCAAACAAACCGUCUAAUAAAUGAAACAGACUGACCAUGUAAACAAAGACUGACCAUGUAAACAAAGACUGACCGUGUAAACAAAGACUUAGCGUGUAAACAAAGACUGACCAUGUAAACAAAGAAUGACCAUGUAAACAAAGACUGGCCGUGUAAACAAAGACUGACCGUGUAAACAAAGACUGACCGUGUAAACAAAGACUGACCGUGUAAACAAAGACUGACCGUGUAAACAAAGACUGACCGUGUAAACAAAGACUGACCGUGUAAACAAAGACUGACCGUGUAAACAAAGACUGACCAUGUAAACAAAGACUUAGGGUGUAAACAAAGACUUAGCGUGUAAACAAAGACUGACCAUGUAAACAAAGACUGGCCGUGUAAACAAAGACUGGCCGUGUAAACAAAGACUGACCGUGUAAACAAAGACUGACCGUGUAAACAAAGACGGACCGUGUAAACAAAGACUGACCGUGUAAACAAAGACUGACCGUGUAAACAAAGACUGACCGUGUAAACAAAGGGAAAAUAUGUGGUGGAUUUGAACUCACAUGAAAUGGUACAUAUUACUCAUUUACAUGGUACUAAAAGAUGAGUGUGUUUUAGUUAAUAAAGAAGACAUUUAGUCUCCCUCAGAUCUGAAAGUAUUGUAAAGACACAAAGUCCCCACCCCCCCCCGACCUGAGUAACAGGUUCGUUGUACAGUUGCCUAACACGAUGCCUUAAACAGAGCUGUGAUUUGCUUUUGGCACGGCUCAGUCUUAAAAUGUCUAAUAUAUAUUUAUAGCUGUUACUUCUGGAAAUGUUUGAUAUGCUUAGAUCCACUGUCACAUGUCAUGAAUGUGGAAAAAUUGACAACUUUUUCACUGCACGUAAAGAUAGUCAAGGUAGUUUAAUAUAUGUUGCUCUGUUUUGUCUGUUUAGAGAUGUAUGUUUCUCAGGAUGCUCCUGUUUGUCAGGACAUAAAGGAGAAGAGGAGCUGUGUAAACCGAUGAUAGGAAUAAAUAGACAAUCCUCUCUCUCUCUUUCUCUCUCUGUCUGUUUCUCUCAUCUCUCUCUCUCUGUUUCUCUCCAUCUCUCUCUUUCUCUCCAUCUCUCUGUCUGUUUCUCUCCAUCUCUCUCUGUUUCUCUCCAUCUCUCUCUGUUUCUCUCCAUCUCUCUCUCUGUUUCUCUCCAUCUCUCUCUGUUUCUCUCCAUCUCUCUCUGUUUCUCUCUGUUUCUCUCCUUCUCUCCACUUCUUCCUGCUCGCCUUCAUUCACCUUUCCUUGCUCACCAUCUUAUAACAUCUCUUUUCAUUCUCCUCUCUCUUCUGUCCUUCCCCCUGGUUUUUGGUGCUGACAGCUAAAAUGGAGGCUGACAGCUAAAAUGGAGGCUGACAGCUAAAAUGGAGGCUGACAGUUAAAAUGGAGGCCAGUAGAGUUGAGUGCUUUAGGUGGAGUGGGAUUUCUCAAACUAAAAUCGUUGCUAUGUGCGCACACCAAAUGAAAUGCAAGCUUUCUCCUAAACACUGAGGUGACGCUUUCACACUGUGUUUUACCAGAAGGCUUGAGAUGAUUGCAGAAGGAUAACGAAGCAAUACGGCUCUCUUCAGAGAGUAUGGACAGAUGUCUGAAGUGAUUUUAAAAAAAAAAUCUCCCAUGGAGAGAAUGCAAGCCCUUUGGGUAAUGUCCAGAGAUUGUGACCACUCACUAUAUUACCACUAUAGUACAUACAGACAGAAAAAAAGUAUUUUCCAGUGCUUGUUUGUGGUUAUGUUAUGAUGAUGAGUUUAGCCAGUUUUCUCUAGUGCUGUUGGGUGUGCCAAUUUAGCGGUAGCUCCCUCCCUGACUGCCGGGCUGUGCUAACGAUGAGGUUGUAAAGUGUUCGCCGUGGUUCUGAGAAGUCUCCGCUAUUCAUUUGGAUCUCAAAGGGCCUGUGUACAAUUUGUUGGCCUGUUUUAUUUCACUCCCCAAAAUAUUACCUAUUUGGACAGUUUUGAAGUUUGAAAGCUGUCAAUAUACUAUGCAACAAACAAAAAAAAACAUUUAAAGUUUCCAAAUUCUGAAUAGAUUUUUACUUUACCACUAUUCAUGAAUUGUAAUCAGAUCAGGUAAUUGAUAAUCAUAUUUGUAAAUCCAUUGAUUAACUGAUGGUUUCAUUAGAUUGUCUGUCAUUUGGCCAAAAUGUGGGUUUGUGUGUAAGAAUGAAGGGUGUGCCUUACAGUAUAUGAGUAAUACUCAGUGUGGUCAACACAAGGUGUUAGGGAGAAAAUGCCAUUGCUAAUUGUGUCUUUAAGCUGCUAUAUGUAACUUUUUGGGUGACCUGACAAAAUUCAGUUAUAGAGUUAUAGAUCUGUCGUUCUCAUUGAAAGCCAGUCUUAGAAGCGAAGCGGUAGAUCUGUUCUAUGUGCUUUAUUUCUAUGCUUAGUUUAUGGGUCUUUUACUUUCGAUUUUGUACACCAGCUUCAAACAGCUGAAAAUAAAAAAAAAAUGUGGUUAUUGAAAAGAUAUUUCACAGGGGUUUAGAUGGUAUGAUGAUUCUCUAUACAAUACUUGGUUGUUUUGUCGUGAACUGUUAGGAUUUUAGGAACCAGGAAAUGGAGGAAUGAUUUCCGCCUAGUGGAUCUUUUAAAAGAGGUCAAGUCCUCUCAACAUUUCAAUAGCUGUUGUCUGCGGUGUUUCCGCAUGUAAAACCACUGGCCCACUCGGUGAUGAGAUUUAACCACAUCCUUAAAUGUAUGUUGUCAGUUAUUUUACCUAUGAAACAUAGAGUCUAGUAGAUCAAAUAGGUUGAACUGUCAUUCUAUCUCUGUUUUCCAUGUUUAUAAUCAAGCUUAGCUUACCGUGUGUGCUGGAAGGGUUUUUCUCUUUGCUAGUAUUUCAAUGAUCUUUCUGACUGAGCUCACAAAAUAGAGAAUGAUCUUUCUGACUGAGCUCACAAAAUAGAGAAUGAUCUUUCUGACUGAGCUCACAAAAUAGAGAAUGAUCUUUCUGACUGAGCUCACAAAAUAGAGAAUGAUCUUUCUGACUGAGCUCACAAAAUAGAGAAUGAUCUUUCUGACUGAGCUCACAAAAUAGAGAAUGAUCUUUCUGACUGAGCUCACAAAAUAGAGAAUGAUCUUUCUGACUGAGCUCACAAAAUAGAGAAUGAUCUUUCUGACUGAGCUCACAAAAUAGAGAAUGAUAUUUCUGACUGAGCUCACAGAAUAGAGAAUGAUCUUUCUGACUGAGCUCACAAAAUAGAGAAUGAUCUUUCUGACUGAGCUCACAGAAUAGAGAAUGAUCUUUCUGACUGAGCUCACAGAAUAGAGAAUGAUCUUUCUGACUGAGCUCACAGAAUAGAGAAUGAUCUUUCUGACUGAGCUCACAAAAUAGAGAAUGAUCUUUCUGACUGAGCUCACAAAAUAGAGAAUGAUCUUUCUGACUGAGCUCACAGAAUAGAGAAUGAUCUUUAUAUUUCUUUGUUGGAAGAUGUUCUCUAUGUAGUUAUGUUUUAAGCUUUGUUUCAGAAUGAUGAAAUAUUAUUUUCAAUGAUUGGACAUGUUUUUUUUUCCUGAUUACAGUAUUUUAAAAGGAGUCUUAUAAUAUAUAGUAUAUUGUAUCAUGAUUCACAGAACAAACACCUAAAAUGUUAUUGUUGUUAGAUCUUAUUUUUGGGGAAAAGAGGCGUUUUUGUAUCAUUUAAAACAAGGUGUUAAAAAACUCAAACCAUUUUCCAUCCAGUCACUCACUAAAGCAUGUUACAGUAUUUCAGUUCAUGAGGUGGCAGAAAUUCUUGCAAUUAAUUGACUUUAUUUUUCAGUUUUUUGUUAUACAUGUAUAUGAAUGAUGUCUUUUUAAAGUCAAAAUGUUUUUAGUUUUUUUCCUUCAAAAUAUUACCCGAGCUCUGCUAAUCUUAUUUAGUUGUUGAAUGGUUAUUUUCUUAUUAUUUUUGUUUGUUAAUCAAAUCUAAUGGAGAGAAAGAAAGACGGUGUCAGGUCCGGUAGUAUUGUCCAAUAUCCUUGCCUUGCAAACAUGGUGUUGAAAUACUGUACUUAGUAGUUAUGUUAUUAUCAAACUGAAUUUAUUUCUCAUGUACUACAUGACUACUGUAUUUAACUGCUGUGGAUUGUGAUUGGUUUACUUGAGCAAUGUCUUCCUAACACAGUCGGCAAGGAAUCCUGUGUGGCUGAUUAUCAGUGUACUGAACAGCUGGUAUUUGUAUGACUGAAUGUCUGGUUACUGUCUCACUACUUACAUGCUGAUGCAGAAGAAAACAGGAUAAAAGCUGACAGCUUCUAUUCUCUUAUGAUUACAUUUCCCUUUUUCCUAACACCCAUGUGAUAUUAAAGAUCAAAACCACUGAUUGUCAAGAAAACUAACGGAGGCAUAUCGCUUGUCUUGUAAAACAUCCGUUUAGUGACUGACAGUACUGAGAGGGACACAGUUCAUUCAUUAACCUUGUUCACUGGUCCCUAGACAUGGUACUGUAAUGAUUUGAAUAUGCCGUGUACAACCUACUGAAGUUUAGUGUGUACAAACUUACUUGACAUGGUACUGUAACUUACUUGUAUGUUCUCAAUGCAGAGAAGAAAACAACAUAAGAGGUGAAUGUAACGUGGUAUGGACUGAGUGGUGCAACUCUAUCCACUGUACCCACUGUGAACUUAAACAUUCAUUAUGUUCAUGUAUAUGCAACAUUUCCCUGUAUUCCAUUUUCAAUUCUAUCUCAAUAAAUAAUAAUACGAAAGAUCA